AUGGGGACCAUGAGGGAUUACCACAAUCUGUAUCUAGAGUCGGAUGUGUUGCUUUUAUCUGACGUUUUCGAGAACUUUAGAGACGUUUGUCUCAAGAAUUACGGUCUGGACCCCGCUUGGUACUACACAGCGCCAGGGCUGGCUUGGGAUGCAGCGUUGAAGACCACCAAGGUGAGGCUAGAGCUUCUGACGGACUAUGACAUGUUGCUCAUGAUUGAGAAGGGCAUCCGUGGUGGUGUCUCCAUGAUAAGCAACAGACAUGGGGAGGCAAAUAACCCUUACAUGAAGGAGUAUGACCCUAACCUACCAACAAAAUAUAUCACCUACCUUGAUGCGAACAAUUUGUAUGGCUGGGCGAUGAGCAACCCUUUACCGACUCACGGUUUCAGGUGGAUGGGUGACCAAGAGCUGUCAGGUUGGAGAGACCGCCCAUGCAUUCUGGAGGUUGACUUGGAGUACCCUCACCACCUACAUGACUUACACAACGAUUACCCACUAGCCCCGGAAUCUAUCGGGCUAGGCAAGGUGGACAAGUUGGUCCCCAACCUCAACGACAAGACAAAGUACGUUAUCCACCAUGAGACUUUGAGACUUUAUGUGAGUUUUGGGCUAAAAGUCACCAAGAUUCACAGGGGUGUCACUUUUGAGGAGUCUGCGUGGCUGGAGCCCUACAUUGACUUGAACACCGAUCUGAGAGCCAAGGCGACUAAUGAUUUCGAGAAGGACUUCUUCAAGUUGAUGAACAACUCCGUCUUUGGUAAGACUAUGGAGAACAUUAGGAACAGGGUGGACAUUCGGUUGGUGACGGACGAGAAGCAAGCCAAGAAGCUCAUAUCAAAGCCGAACUAUCAACAUCGCACCAUCUUUUGCGAGAAUCUAGUCGCCAUUCACAUGAAGAAGACAAAGUUAACCUUCAACAAACCCGUUUACUUGGGUAUGUCCAUCCUGGAUAUAAGCAAGACGCUCAUGUAUGAUUUCCACUACAACUUCGUCAAGCCCAAGUACGGUGAGGAUGCAAAGCUCUUAUUCACUGAUACUGACAGCCUGAUGUAUGAGAUCGAGACGAAAGACUUUUACAAGGACAUCAGCGGGGAUGUGAGGUCCAUGUUCGACACCAGCAACUUUCCGGAGGGUCACCCAUCCGGUAUUGAGGUGGGUGUGAACAAGAAAGUCAUCGGAAUGUUUAAAAAUGAGGCUGGGGGCCAGCAAAUUACAGAAUUUGUAGGACUGAGAGCCAAACUUUACUCAUACAAGAUGGAUGAAGGUAAAGAAGAAAAGAAAUGCAAGGGCGUCAAGAGAGCAGUCGUCAAGAAGAGCAUCGGUUUCGAUAACUACAAGGAUUGCCUAUUUGAUAAGAAACCUCAGAUGAGACUUAUGAAUGUCAUCAGAAGUCAUAAGCAUGAUGUUUACACUGAAACGGUGAACAAGGUCGCUCUAUCUCAUGAGGAUGACAAGCGAAUCAUCUGUGACGAUGGCAUCCACACCUUCGCUCACGGUCAUUUCAAAACUGCGGCUGGUGGUAGCUCAGUAUCUUCAGGAACGACUUGA